UGAUAUGUGAAACUCAACUUUCACCUUUGCAACAACUUUCUGUAGUAAUUAUGCAUUUUAUUCUUCCCACUUCCACUGACUGACACUGACUGAACUGGCAUCAUCGGCGCAAUUUCUGCCUUCAACACACUAGUGGAUAACGAACCUCCCGUCAGUGCCAUCAUCGGUGCAAUUUCUGCUUUCAACGCACCAGUGGAUAACGCUCGACAAAGUGACCAGUGCAGUGGGGGACACGGGAAGGACAAGGUAAUCUACGGAUAUGGAGUCCGGCUUCAGGCCAUAUUUUCAUCGGCAUGCCCAUACAGCAUCGCUGUAGUGGAUCACAGACGUAGUGCCCAUUAGUGAAGUUUUGGACAGGACAUUUGGCCAGCCAGACUGUGCGUAGACUUGUCGCAGACGCAGCAUUAGUUGAUCACUGCGCAGUCUGCGGUCAUAUGGGACUGAAAAUGACAAGCAUGAAACCGAUGGCUCUAUGCAACUUGCCUCGAAUCACUAUCUAAAUUCCCCACAAAGAGAAAGAAUCACUAUAUAAGCACACCGAGCUUCUAGUCUGCACACCAAGCUUUUAUUUGCGUCGCCUAAACAUGAUCAUGAUAGUCAUGCAGCUUUUGAUGUUUGCUUCCCUUUGUCUCCCGUGUUCAGCCAAUGCCGUGCAUGCAGCCACUGCUGAAACUGCCACAACAAGCGCCACUGACCACCAAGCGCUCAUGUCAUUGAGGUCUCUGAUUAAAGGAGAUCCAUUCCAAGCACUGGAUUCAUGGGGGAACCAAUCGAUCCCUAUGUGCCAAUGGCGCGGAGUGGCCUGCGGCACGCGUGGCCGCCGUCGCGGCCGUGUCGUAGCACUGGAGCUUGGUGGGCUCAACCUUCUUGGCACCAUUGCCUCUUCCAUAGGUAAUCUAACUAACCUCAGGCAUUUUGGCCUCCAACAGAAUCGCUUUUAUGGUAUCAUACCAUCAGAGGUUGGACAUCUCGUACAACUCGAGUAUCUGAAUCUCAGCAGGAACUCCAUCGGGGGGGAGAUCCCGCCGACGCUGGCCACUUGUGUUGAGCUUCGAGUUAUUGAUCUCAAGCACAACAUGCAUAAAGGCUCGGUGCCCCGGGAGUUGGCAUCCCUGCAUAAUCUUGAGGUACUGGGUCUUGGGUACAACAACCUUACAGGAAGUAUCCCUGUGGAGAUUGGAAACCUGAAAGCUCUGAUCCGUCUUGAUUUGUCAUCAAACAUGCUAGUAGGAGAAAUCCCAACCCAAAUUGGAAAUCUUAGAAACUUGACCAAGUUACAUCUUAGCUUCAAUCGUCUGUCAGGUUCCGUCCCUGUGGAGAUUGGAAACCUGAAAGGCCUGAUCCAUCUUGUUCUUCACUCAAACAUGCUAGUAGGAGAAAUCCCAACGCAAAUUGGAAAUCUUAGAAACUUGACCGUGUUAGAUCUUCCUAUCAAUGGUCUGACAGGUUUUAUUCCUGUCUCUCUUGGAGGCCUCCAGAAAUUACAGUUUCUGUAUCUAGGGCUGAACCGACUCUCAGGGCCGAUUCCACCUUCCCUAGGAAACCUCUCAUCUCUACUAGUUCUAGCUGUCCAAAUAAGUGGCCUAACUGGUAGCAUCCCUGAAUCGUUAGGAGAUCUGAAUCUGCUCAACGUCCUUUCUCUCACAUCUAAUAGUCUUACAGGCUCAAUCCCUCACACUCUUGGAAAACUCAGUUCUCUCGUUGAGUUUUAUCUCAACGGGAAUCAACUCGAGGGUUCUAUACCACCUUCUGUCUAUAAUCUCUCAUCCCUCCAAAUUUUUAGUGUGCAAUACAACAACCUCAGUGGACCCAUUUCAGAUCAGUUGGGUAAUAAGUUUCAACAACUCCAGAACCUUACCAUAGACAAUAAUAGGUUUCAUGGGUCCAUCCCAGAGUCUUUGUGCAAUGCUUCAAUGCUUGAAAUGGUACAACUGAGCAAGAACUUCUUUUCCGGAGUAAUACCAAAAUGCCUUGGAGCUACCAUGAAGAGCUUAUCGGCACUGCUUCUCUCACAUAACCAGCUAGAGGCAAGGAAUGAUGCCGAUUGGGAUUUCAUUUCUAGCUUGACAAACUGUAGUAUGCUACAGUACCUAUCUCUUGGCCAUAACAAACUACAAGGGGUGAUACCAAAUUCAAUGGCAAACCUUUCCACAAACUUGAGAUAUUUCAGCGUGUCAGGCAACAUGCUACGGGGAAGUAUACCUGAAGGAAUUGGAAACCUUGUCAACUUGCAACACUUGCAGGUGGAUGGUAAUUUCCUAGAUGGAAAAAUUCCUGAAUCGAUUGGCAAUCUUAGGAUCCUGGCUGAAUUAUACUUGUCAAACAAUGGUUUAUCUGGACCAAUUCCACCAAUGCUUGGAAAUCUCACAGCAUUAAUUACACUCGACCUCAGCCAAAAUGUGCUUGCCGGUCCCAUACCAUCCAGCCUUGGAAGCUGCCCUGUGGACACAUUGAGCCUAGCAUUCAAUCAGCUUGUUGGUUCAAUACCAAAAGAGAUUUUCCUCAUAUCGACACUAUCUGAUUCCAUGCAGCUCCAAGGCAAUAAGUUAACUGGGACAAUUCCUCCAGAAGUUAGUAAUCUAGUGAAUCUCGGAUAUCUGGAUGUGUCUGACAACAUGAUAACUGGCUCAGUUCCUGCCUCUCUAGCUCAGUGUGGAAGUUUGCAGUAUCUCAUUAUGGAAGGAAACCUACUUCAGGGCACAAUUCCAGCAUCAAUGUCACAGAUGAAAGGGCUUCUAGUUCUUGAUGUUUCAAGAAACAACUUGUCCGGGGACAUCCCAGUCUUCCUUGGGGACAUGCGGGGGCUCGCUACCCUGAACAUAUCAUUCAACAAUUUUGAGGGUGAAGUUCCAAAACAUGGAUUAUUUCUCAAUGCAAGUGCAACUCUUAUUGAAGGGAACUAUGGCUUAUGUGGAGGUAUCCCCCAAUUUAACUUGCAUCCCUGCUCAAAUCAUACAUCCAAGAAGUGGUCUCACAAGCUUGUCGUGUUGAUCCCAGUAGGCAGUGCACUUCUUUGCAUUAUCUUAGUACUAAUUGUACUAUUUGCACAACAGAAAUUGAGAAACAAGUUUACAAAGAUUAGAAGGGUUCCAUCGCUCCAUAGUGGACAACAUCUGAGGGUUACCUAUGCUGAAUUAGUGAGAGCAACAAGUGGUUUUGCUUCUGAGAACCUCUUAGGCACAGGAAGCUUCGGCUCCGUGUACAAAGGAACAACGAUGAAUGGAGAUCAGGAAGUGAUUGUCGCUAUCAAGGUGCUCAACCUCCAGCAGCGAGGGGCAUCUCAAAGCUUUGUUGCAGAAUGUGAGACUUUAAGAUGCAUCAGACAUCGAAACCUUGUGAAGAUAUUGACCGUCUGCUCAAGUAUUGAUUUCAGGGGUCUAGACUUCAAAGCUCUCGUAUUUGAGUUCAUGCCGAAUGGAGAUCUUGAUCAAUGGCUACACAGCCAUCUCCUGGAAGAUGGGAGCCAUGGCGUGCUCAAUCUUACCCAAAGGAUAGACAUUGCCAUUGAUGUAGGUUCAGCGCUCGAAUACCUUCACCACAAUAAGCCAGUGCCAAUAGUUCAUUGUGAUCUUAAGCCAAGCAAUAUUCUCCUCGAUAAUGACAUGGUUGCCCAUGUGGGUGACUUUGGACUCGCAAGGUUCUUGCAGCAGGAUGAUACUAGCCUCCCAGAAAUAUCAAGUGGUUGGGCUACAAGAAGGGGAACAAUUGGAUAUGCUGCCCCAGAGUACCGUCAAGCAAAUGAAGUCUCGGUCUAUGGCGAUACAUAUAGCUAUGGAAUACUAUUGUUAGAGUUGUUCACUGGUAAAAGGCCAACUAAUGGUGAGUUUCUGCAAGAUCUAAACCUACAUAGUUACGCCGAGGUAGCACUGAGAGACCAAGCCGCCAACCUGGUCAAUCUGGCAGAUUGGGGAUGCUACGAGAGAGCUACUGGCGAUCAGAGACAAGUAUCGCACACACCUAUUGAGUGAAGGUGGGUCCAUCUAAAUGCUUGAUGGCACUCGCUUCAUUGUGAUUAGUAUUCAUCAUAGUACAGAAAAAAUAGAAGGUGGUGCAAGCUUUGUUGCUGCAAUUCACAAGCCAACUAAUAUGCCUGUCUUUUGAAUGGAAUUUCUACAUGA